AUUUCUCUCUGGUCUCUCUACGGACUGUGUGUUCUGUCCUAAAGUUUAUAUUUUUAAGGGCACAAAUGAGUCCAGGAAACGUAGCCGUCUUCCACGGAGGCAAGAUGAAGCUGAUUGAUCGGAGACUGAAGCUAACAGAGCUGCUCUUAAGGUGCUCCGCUACUCUCCUCGCUCUCCUCGCGCUUAUUCUGAUAGUGACAAACACUCAGGUCAAGCAAAUCUUUACAAUUGAGAAGAGAGCCAAGUACACCGACAUGAAGGCCCUUGUGUUCUUGGUGGUCGCUAAUGGGAUAGCUGCGGCUUAUUCCUUGUUGCAGUCAGUUCGUUGCGUGGUGGGUUCGAUGAAAGGAAGCGUUUUGCUCGACAAGUCCCUUGCUUGGGCCAUUUUCUUAGGCGAUCAGGUGAGUUAGUCUUAGUCUAGUCUUGUGUGUUCUUUCUCUAUACAUCUUGUUGUUUACCAAAAGUAGCUGUGGAAGUUUGUGGGUAUGGCUUUGUCGUUUUUGAUCUCUCAUGGUCGGCUGGGUGUCAGGUUUGAGUGAAGUAGGGUUUGCUAUGUUGAAAAGUCUUUACAAGCAUUUAAUGGGUUUGGUUGGAUAUGAGAUGGGAGUGUACUUUUUAGGUAGAGAAUGUUUGCUUGUUUUGUUGAAUC